CAGCGCUGUCCUGAUGGAAACACUGCAGAGCUGUCUCCAGGGACGCACUGAGCUUGCUGGAGCGAGUGAGCAGUAGCCGCUUCGAUUGAGCAAUGGACGUGCACACAGCGCCAACUUCUACACAAUGAUUAUUUCAAUGGAAAAUGUUGUAACUCUUUGGAUUUCUCUUCAUUCAAUGGUCUCUUAAAUCCAAGAACCAUGUGGCCCCCGGACCUUUGUCCACCCGACGCCCAGCUGACCCUACCUGCUUUUGGGACCGUUUUUGAGGAUUCUCCGCUCUCUUCUGGAGACUUCUACCAACCAUCUGGAGCUCUGGAUAUGUGUCGAUUCCCAAAAACCUCACUAUCAUUGGAACGUGAGCUAAACUCUUUGCUAACCUUUAAAACGAGUUAUUCAGAAAAGACUAAAACGGACUUUGCUAUUGCAGUUAAUGGUACUCCUAGUUUGGACUGUUCACUUCACAGUGUCACUGCGCCAAUUUCAACUUUUAAUUUGCCGAUUUCAAAUGAGAAAACUUUGCCCCAAUUCACAAUAAAACAAGAACCAGCGGAUGAUAUUUUUCAAUGUAAAACUGAGCCUUUCCACGUGAAUCCGUACACCCACUGCGGUAAUACGAACAGUCCAAACUCGAUGCACUCGCCUGUGUCUCAAAGUCUGGACAGUGUAUUGGAAUACCAGUGUCAUUGGAUGGACUGUAGUACCGCCUACAGCAGCCAGGAGGAGCUGGUGAGGCACAUAGAGAAAGUGCACAUAGACCAGAGGAAGGGGGAGGAGUUUACGUGUUUCUGGGCGGGAUGCGUUCGGCGACACAAACCGUUCAACGCGCGUUAUAAACUUCUGAUCCACAUGAGGGUGCACUCCGGAGAGAAGCCCAACAAGUGCAUGUUUGAGGGCUGCUCCAAAGCCUUUUCUCGUCUGGAGAAUCUGAAGAUCCACCUGCGCAGUCACACCGGAGAAAAGCCGUACGUCUGUCAGCACCGCGGCUGCGUCAAAGCCUUCAGCAACUCCAGUGACAGGGCUAAGCACCAGAGGACCCACCUCGAUACUAAGCCGUACGCCUGUCAGAGUCCCGGCUGCUCCAAACGUUACACCGACCCGAGCUCUCUGAGGAAACACGUGAAAGCCCACUCUGCACGAGGACUGCACCCGCGGGACGCUAAGGUGCCCUCUGUGCUGGAGUCAGACAUAUUGAGCGACUGUUUGUCUCGACAGCACCUGAACGUCUCACAUCCAAACCACAGCCCUCCUCUGCCCGGCCUGGACCACUUCACAGGAGUUUACAGCAGCAGCAGUGACGUCCAAACGGCAGCAGGUUCAUUUGUGACGACAGGAAACAGUGGGUCCAGUUUUGAAGGUCUGGAGGAGGAGUACGAGCAGAGAGCGUCUAUAACCACAGAUGGGAGAAGAGCCGCUUCAUUGUUUGUAUCUGAAGUGAAUCAAGUGAAUUCAGAAUCUACAGAUUUACGACUACAGACUUUUCCAAAAACAUACAGCCAUCAUCAAGUGUUCUCACCGCAUCCAAAUUGUAUUUAUGCAGAAGAUGGAAGAUUUGAACCAAACAGUUUCUUUACAAAGUCCUCUGCUCCUCACUCCACUGGUUUCGACCUGCUCCAGGGUCAGGCCGGAGGAGAGUUCAGUCCUGAUGAGCACUUCCUGUUUCAGAGCGGAGGUCUGGACCGAUGCCUCAGUCACCUCUCCUCGGUUUAUAUGGACUCAUGAUCUUUACAGAACGCUACAAAAGAGCACAACAGACACAAAAUAUGAUAUGGAUUCUUUUGGGGUUUUUUUUUUUUUUUAUACUGAUACUCCAAAAUUUGGCUGUUGACAAUAACUGAUAUUUGCCAAUUCUAAUGUAAAGAUUUUAAAAUUUAAAAUACAUUUGUGAGUUUUGCUAUAAAUUGUGUAAGUUACAGUAAAGCUCACACCUGAAUUUUACAAAAGAGAAAAGUAAGGUGAAAGUUGUAUUGGUCUGGUGUGUAACCUGUGUAAACACUGUCACUCAUGAGUCUGUUCAAAAACACUCAUCUGAAGCUCUGAGAACAAACUGGAGCAGUGCAGAAAACAAUAUUGGUGCCAAUAUCUUGAAAAAUUGUACUGGAGCCGAUAAAUUAGCCAUUCCUCGUGGCGGGUCAUUCAUUCACUUCUCACGAUGGAAAGAACAAUGGAUUGCGCAUUAUUGUUGUAAAAGUGACAUGCCCAAGGACACAAAGACAGAACAGAAAGCAAACCGUCUGUCUUUGAGUUAGCAAACUGCAUCUUCCUAUAGAACCACUGUGGUGACAAUGAUGAAUGUGCCGCAAAACACAGCAAUAGCUAGCUUGGUGCUGCCCCCAACUGUCUGAAAGAUACAUUGCAUUAAAUAAGACAAUAACAAGUGAUAACAAU